UGAAUCUUAAAAUAAUUGUUGUAUAUGUCAAAAGAGAGCAAAAGAUGUCUCCUUUUGUUGGAGAGAUGCAAGAAUUUGAAGCAAUUGAAACAAUCACAUGCUCAAAUCAUCACAUGUGGACUCCAAACCAACACCUUCGCCUUAAGCCGAUUCCUAGCCUUCUGCUCAAACCCCUUCCAUGGCGGCAACAACAACAGCAGCAGCGGUUACGCUUUGAAAGUCUUCGAACGAAUAGCGAAUCCCACUACCUGCAUCUUCAACACCAUGCUCAAGACCCUCUUCCACGAUCAACAAUUCUUCAAGACGAUUGACAUUUACAGACUCCUCUUUAUAAACGGGAUGUAUCCUGAUAAUUACACUCUUCCUUACGUCUUAAAAGCCAGUGCAGGUUUGAGAAAUCUUCAUCUCGGUAAACAACUUCACUGUCAUUGCUUGGAAUUGGGGUUGGUGUUUGAUAUGUUCGCGGCUAACACCUUGAUCGGUAUGUACACUUCUUUGGCUGAUAUGGGGGAUGCACAGAAAGUGUUCGAUGAAAUGCCUUCUCACGAUGCUGUGUCUUGGACGAUCAUGAUUACUGGCUACGCCAAAGGAGGGGAUGUUGAAUUAGCAAGAUUGGUUUUUGAUAAAGUUUCUAAAAUGGACAGAGGAAUAUGGGGAUCAAUGAUAUCGGGCUAUGUACAGAACAAUUGUUUCAAGGAAGGGCUGCUAUUGUUUCGACAAAUGCAGUCGACUGGCAUUGUUCCAGACGAGGCCAUAUUCGUUAGCGUUUUAUCCGCUUGUGCGCAUUUGGGUGCACUAGAUAUCGGAAUAUGGAUUCAAAUCUACAUGAAUAAGAUGAAUCUGCAAACUAGCGUCAGAUUGAGUAAUGCUUUGAUUCACAUGUAUGCAAAAUGUGGGAGAAUGGAUUUAGCACAGGAAGUGUUUGAUGAGAUGCCAGACAGAGAUACGAUUUGCUGGAACGCGAUGAUUUCAGGAUGGGCAAUGCAGGGAGAUGGGCGUCGGGCAAUUGGGUUAUUCUCAGAUAUGGAGAGUUCGGGAAUCACUCCCGACGAUAUUACAUUUCUCGCCAUGUUCACAGCUUGUAGUUAUUCAGGCAUGGCCUAUGAAGGCCUGGAAGUAUUAAACAGGAUGAGACGUGUUUACAAUAUUGAGCCGAAGAGCGAGCAUUAUGGAUGUAUAGUGGAUUUCCUCGGCCGAGAAGGGAUGUUAAAAGAAGCGAAUAAAAUCAUAGAAAUGAUGCCUGGUUCGAGAAACCCAUCUGAAGAAGCUAUAGCAUUAAGAGCUUUACUGAGUGCUUGUUGUAACCAUGGAGAUAGAAAUUUGGCUGAAGUUGCAGCAGAAAGGAUCAUGUCUAUAGAACGGGAUAGUGGUGCGUAUGUACUGUUAUCGAACUUGUAUUCAUCUGCAGAUGAACACGAGAAUGCGGGAAGAAUAAGGAAGAUGAUGAAGAAGAAACGGAUUGAUAAGUCUCCUGGUUGUAGCUCGAUAGAGAUCAAUGGGAUUGUUCAUGAGUUCAUUGCCGGAGAGAAGAUACAUCCAUGCAUAGAUCAUGUUAAUCAUGUUUUGUUGGGUAUUAAUAAGCAUUUGUUUUCAAAGGCUGUUUGAAAUUUGAUACAUCAAACAUCUUAAUAACAACAAAAACAAAUUCAUUAACAAGAAUAUUAGUUUCAACAUAUAUUUUUCUCAUUUGAUUCAAGAGGAGAAUUUACAAGGCAUAUCUAUUAUAUUCUAACUACAAAUUCAUGGAUCCUAUUUUGUGAAGGCAUUAGCCUUCUUUAUUCUAUGCUAAGUACAUAUACAGUGG